ACAUGGCCGCCUCCUCCGGGACUGCGGUUAAGGGAUGGAGUCCACCGUCCCCCCUCGGCGCAGGGCGCGCGUCGGCCGAGGCUGGUUUGAGAGACGGGCGGCCGCCGAGUCGGAGGACGCGGUCCAAGCCGAAGAGCAGCCGGCACCACCUUCCCUGGCUCGGUGUCCCUAACUGUGAGGCGCCGGCGACAGGGACAUCUGCGUAAACCGAGCUGCAGGAGCCAUGCUGCCCGGAGCCCUGCUGGUGUCUGCUCCAGGGAAGGUGAUUCUUCACGGAGAGCAUGCUGUGGUCCAUGGCAAGGUAGCCCUGGCUGUGGCCUUGAACUUGAGGACAUUUCUCAGGCUCCAGACCAGCAGCAAUGGGAAGGUAUGCCUCAACUUACCAAACAUUGGCCUCCAGCGGGCCUGGGAGGUGGCCAGGCUCCAGCUGCUGGACACGAGUUUUCUGGAGCAAGGGCACUCCGCUGCACCCACGGCUGAGCAGGUGCAGAAGCUGAAGGAGGUGGUGGGCCUCACCGAUGACAGCGGCCACCACGAGCACAUGGCCCUGCUGGCCUUCCUCUACCUGUACCUGUCCAUCUCCCAGAAGCAGAGGCCCCUACCCAGCCUGGAUGUCACUGUGUGGUCCCAGCUGCCCACAGGGGCCGGCCUGGGCUCCAGCGCCGCCUACUCCGUGUGCCUGGCCGCCGGCCUCCUGACAGCCUGUGGGAUCACCCCAAACCCACUGAGGGAUGGGGAGACCGUCGGCAGGUGGGCCUCGGAGCACCUGGAGCUGAUCAACACCUGGGCGCUCCGGGGCGAGCGGGUGAUCCACGGGAACCCCUCGGGAGUGGACAACGCUGUCAGCACCUGGGGAGGUGCGUUGCGGUACCAGCAGGGGACGAUCACAGCCCUGAAGAGGCUGCCGACCCUGCAGAUCCUGCUGACCAACACCAAGGUCCCUCGCAGCACCAAGGCGCUGGUGGCCAGAGUCCAGGGCCGGCUGCUCAAGUUCCCCAAGAUCGUGGCGCCUCUGCUGGCCUCCAUCGAUGCCAUCUCCCUGCAGUGCCAGCAGGUGCUGGAGGACAUGGUGGCUGCCCCAGCGGCUGAGCACUAUCUCAUGCUGGAGGAGCUCAUCGACAUGAACCAGCACCAUCUCAACGCCCUGGGCGUGGGCCAUGCCUCGCUGGACCAGCUGUGCCAGGUGACGCAGGUGCGGGGGCUGCACAGCAAGCUGACCGGUGCGGGAGGCGGCGGCUGCGGCAUCACCCUCCUCAGGCCAGAUCUGGAGCCGCAGGAUGUUGAAGCCGCCAAGCAGGCACUGAGUGGCUGUGGCUUCGACUGCUGGGAGACCAGUGUGGGCGCCCCCGGUGUGUCUGCCACUCGGCCGCCGCCCUGGAUGCCCCCGUCCGCCGGGCCCUCGGCGGCCUCUGAGACCCUGCCUGGACUCCGCUGGGCCGCAGGGACUUCUGGGAGAUCACCAGCAGUGGUGCCGUGGAAGCUGCAGGGGUGGGGGCCCAAGGGGGUUCCACAGACCCACCUGCUUGGGCCUCGGCCUUCAGCUCCCCAGACCCUCCAGUGCAGGGGUGUCCUGGAUUGAGGUGCCUCUCCCUCCACCUUAUCCCGUGGCCUUCUUGACACACACCCCCAAAACCCCCCAACACACACACACACACACACACACACACACACACACACACGGACGCCCUCUGCUGGAGCCGGCACUGCCUGCUCUUUCGGAAAGCCUGGGGGCUGGCCCCUCCCUUAGACCUUGUAGCCCAGGAUGGGGGCUCAGACUGGAUCGGAGUCCUCCAGGGUGCAGCCAAGGGCUUUGGGGGAAUAAAGAGGUGAGAGGAAAAGCU